ACUCCAUCCCCCAGCGCUCCCGGCCCCGCCGCCCCGCAGUGCUCCAGGAGCCCAUUGGCAAAUCCCGCCUUCGGGAAGCCCAAUCGCCGCCCGGCUCCUUCAGCGGGGCCGCGGCCGCGGCUCACGGAGACGGGGUGGGCGAUGCGCGGAGCUCGGCGCGGCUCCGCGGCCGCCGGGCACAGCCAUGAACCUGGGUGAUGGACUGAAGCUUGAAACUGAAGUGCUGGAUGGAAAGCCUAGGCUAAUUUUAGCUGCUUCUGACAAAUCAAAGUCUGCAAUGAAGAUGGGGAAUAAAGCCAGAGCACCUAAACAGGCAUUGAGAACAAGGCACACCGGGCAUGUCCUGAGGUCAACACAAAAUGCUUGUAUCAAGCAGGAAAAUGUAGCAAAGCCAAGGACCGAAUCAAGCUUAUCAAUGACAAAAGGUGAAAAACUGCAAGUUGCUAAACACUCCUCACACGAAGCCACAACUAAAAGUCACUCUUUGAUUUUCCAAAGAGAUGGCACAAACAGAUAUCCUGAUUCAGGGGAUCCUGAUAUUGUGCAAAAAGCUAAACCAAAACCUCAAACCCCAUGUGUAUCAGGUGAAGACUCGACAAGUUUGGUGUGUUUAACACAAGAACAGCUCCAGCAGAUCUUGAUGAUUGUUAAAGAAGGAAGUAGAAGCAUCUCUGAGACUCAUAAUGAAAAGCAAGAGGAAAUGGCUGCUAAUGAGGCAUCAGAGGAAAAUGUUGUAGCAUCACUCCAAAAAGAUUGUGAAGUUUCAUCAGUUCCAGAUGAAACCAACUCUGAUUCAAGCAGAAAACAAGAAGCCCGUCCACAGCCAGGACAGAAAGUUAUAAAGGAUUCCUGGAAACCUGCUGACAUAUUUAGUACCCUGGGUGAAAGAGAAGGGGAGAAAGCCUUACUGGAAUUUAAAAAGACCCAGUGGAAGAAGGAAUUAGAUGAACAGGUGGCACUGAAGAAGAAACUGAAAGAAACACUGGAGGGAGAGGUGGGAUAUUUCUGGGCAAAACCUGGCAAUAAUAAAACCCAUAAAGAGAAAGUGGAAACAGCUGACCCAGAUCAGCCAGUGUUUCCAGCUGACUCAGUCAGUGCCACUGAGGAACACUGUGCCUGUACAGCUGCUUUAGCCACAGAGGCUGCUGAAGUUCCACUGAAUGUUUCAAGAGCUCCAGCUGGGCAGUCUUCUGAUUUCAGUUCUUCUGACUUUCCAGCUGGCAAUUGCACAGCAUUUGUUUUCAGGGCAGAAGAGCAUGACAGAUGGGCAGUGCAUUUUGAUUCUUUUAAGAACCACCUUAAUGCUAAUGCACAACACCCCCUAAAUGGAAUGCACAAAAAGCAGCCCGAAAGUCUUUGCCUGUCACCUGACCCUAAGGAGCUGACUGCUUUUAUUCACCCUUUUUCACCUGCAGCUUUAGGCAAUCUCAUGCCCUUAAAGGUGGGAAAUGCAGAAAAAGCUGCUAAAAAUGGUGCUUUGGAACAGACUCAGAAAGUCAGUUUCCUCCGUUCAAUGACGGCUCUCCUGGACCCUGCACAGAUUGAGGAGCGAGACAGGAGGCGGCAGAAACAGUUAGAACAUCAGAGAGCAAUAAUGGCUCAGGUGGAAGAAAAACGGAGGAAGAAACAACAGGAGGAAGAGAAGAGAAAAUGGGAGGAGCAACAGGAAGAACUGCGCCUGGCACGAGAAAAAGAACAACUGCAGAAACAGUUUGAAGAAGAAAUGCUGAAACAAAAACAAAAGGAGGAACUUGCAACUCUUAAAACCAAAGAGCUCUAUCAGACAAUGGAGAAAGCUCAGGAAUUAGCCCAGAGAUUAAAACAAGAACAGCACAUUCCAGACGUGGUUCAGAAGGCACAUGACAUUUGCAAAGUUCAGAACAAUCCUGGUGGUGGUGAUGCACAAUGUGAAACUUGCAAUUGUGCCAUUUCACAUCCAAGUAACAGCUUUCCUGAUGAGGUCAAGAGCCCCAGUGAGCAGCAGGUUUCUCCUCGGAAGGACACGGCUGUGCAGACAGAUUACUUUAAUACUUCAGCCUACACUGAGUCAGCUGAGGAAAAAACUGUGCGUUGCGAAUCACCUGAUAUUUCUAUAGAAUAUAAAGAAACCUCUAACAGCAAAAAAUACCAGAAGGAAAUGCAGUAUAUAGAUAAAAAUAAAAUAUCAGGAAAAGAGACUCGUGGCACUUACAGUGACCUAUAUGACCAGUAUGCCAGAAAGGAAAGACAAAUUAAAUCUUCAGAAAAAUACAGCAAAAGACCUGACUGGAACAUAAACAAGCCUGGGAAAAGAUACAUUCCAGCAUCAGAAAGAUACCCUAAACAACUACAAAAACAAAGGGAAGAAAACAAAGUGAGGAGACAGAUGGAGCUGCUUCAGCUGAUGGAAAGAAACACCCCUGGGCACCUCUGUGCAAGGAAGGGGGGAGACUGGGACAGGUCUCCCUCACCUCGGGAAGAAACAGCUGGGAGGAAUAAGGGGCACAGAGGCAGGAAGGAAGAACAAUUCCGUAAGAAGCCCUUGAAUGAAGAAAGAUCCGAAUCGCCACCUGUUCCAGCAGUUAAGAACAGAUUACUCCAAGUCCAACAGAGACAGAUCCACGCUUCCAAUUUCCUGGGGCACAACAACAACAGCAGGAGAGAGAAAAGCAUCAAGGCAGAUCCCAAGCAGAGGAGCUCCCCUCCUGCCCCAGAGGCUGCUCGGCCUCCCUCGGCACAGUUUGUCCCCUACGUCCGAACAAACGAGGUGUAUUGCCUCGACCCCGAGGCACCGGUGACCAGACCUUCAACACACGACCCACAGUAUCGACAGCCCCAUGGUUCUUACCAAAUGCCACGACAGAUUUUUAGCUCAGAUCACGUUAGAGAUCCUCUUCUAAACCCUGAUGUAGUUAGAGAGAGACAACAAGCAAUUCUCAAAGGAUUGUCAAAAUUACGCCAGGGCCUCCUGCAGAAGCAGAAGGAGUUGGAGAACACUCUGAUUCCCCCUGUAGCUCAAGAGAACUUCGUUCUGCCAUUUUGAGAGGUACAUGUGAAUGUUCUGAAUUCUUAAAAUGGAAAUGCACAGCACUUUGCCACUGUAAUUAAUUAUGAACCAUCUCUAGCUUUUUUUAUGAAAUUUAAAUUAUGAGAAUUUUCAUAGAUUACAGGGUCGCAUUUUUAUAUUGAAGGUACAUUAAACUAAUGGUGGUGUGUCUGUUCAGAAUGGUCUUCAAGAUGUAAGUGAAUUUAAUAUAAACCACCAAAACCCAGAAGAAAACUGUUACAUGGGGUUUUGUAGACUCAAGUGUGUGUGUUUUGAUAAAUAAAAAGAUUAAGAUGUA